UCAAAAGCGUAAUUUCACAUUUUAGCUCUCGAAUUAGGGCUUGGGCUAUAUCCUAAAACCCCCAAUCCAUAAACCCUAAAAUUACUUCCCUUCCACCUGCACACACUGCUCCUUCUUCUCUUGGAAAAUUUUAUCUUUUUUCUUCUUCUCAAAAAUCUCCCAACUUAACAGUAAUUCAAAAUGGAAUCAAAGCUUGAAUCAGCCAAGAAAGAGGUACUUGCUGAAAUCGUCAAGUUAGCUCAAAAGCGGGAGAUGAAAGGAAGUAGUGGAGGCUGGAAAGAUUUUUUGAGAUCACACGACAAGAAGUUUGGAGUUAGCUUGAGUGACCCAUCCAAGAGGUCCAUUGAUGUGCUUCUUGCAUUUUUAAAGACGUUUAGCGAAGAUGACUUAAAGUUUUUUGACAAGGUGUUUGAAUGUCAUUCCAACCGAGAUGCUGUUGAGCACCUCCAGAAAAGUUCCCCAGACAAUGAAACUGUUGAACAGAGACUGGUUCGUUUAACUUUUGAGCACCCUCAAUAUCCAACAGAUUACUCAUUUCCAUCACACGAGGAGGACUGGUUAGUCACCAAAAGGAGUAAAAAGUCUAAUUUCACUCAAUCAAAGGCCAUGGUUGCAAUUGAUUGUGAAAUGGUCCUCUGCGAAGAUGGAACUGAAGCUUUAGUCAGAAUCUGUGCUGUGGACCGUAAUUUAGAGGUUAAACUCAAUGAAUUUGUGAACCCCAACAAACCAAUUGCAGAUUACAGAACUGAGAUUACUGGAAUAACUGCUGGAGAUUUAGAUGGAGUUUCUUGUUCAUUGGCUGAUGUACAGACGUCCAUGAAGAAGCUGUUAUCGCAUGGAACCAUAUUGAUUGGCCAUAGUUUACACAAUGAUCUUCAUGCUUUGAAGAUAGAUCAUGCAAGAGUAAUUGACACAUCAUAUGUCUUCAAAUAUCAGGGUCAGGCUUCUAAUAGAAGACCUUCUUUAAGUAACUUGUGUAAGUCUGUGUUAGGGUUUGAACUUCGAAAGAUGGGCUCUCCACAUAAUUGUCUAGAUGAUGCAUGUACUGCAAUGAAACUUGUUCUUGCCAAGAUUGAACGUGGAGUUGAUAUCAUACCAGUGGUUUCUGAGGAGGUGCAAGAGCCCGAUGCGGCGAAGCUACUUGUCCACAGAAUACCAGCGGCUGUUCAUAGCCAAGAGUUGCACAAAGUCAUUCCUGGAGACUUUACUGUGGAAGUUAAGGCUAAUAAAAAAGGGCAAGCAGACAAGUAUACUGCCUUUGCCAAUUUCAAAAAUCAGCAUGAGGCAAAUGAGGCAUUUGAUAAGCUUGAAGGCAAACAGGAGAAGGAUACUGGCGGACGACCACAAAAGCUCGUUUCAUUUCGUCUUGAUUCUGGUAUCGCAGGGUCUUUGUAUGUUCGUAAGAUGGCUGCCAAUAAUUAUUCUAAAGAGGUUACCCCGAAGAAGAGGUCAGCUGAAGAUGAGGAGGCCGUUGGAGAGUCAAAGAAACUGAGGACGGAAGACCAAAAUACAGAGCUCAAGGAGGCUGCUGGUGCAGGUUGUGAUCAGUGUGAAACUCACUUGAAGGAGAUUGAGAGACUAAAGAAAGAAUUAAGCUACAGAGAUGAAGAAAUCUCCACCUUGAACAAACUCAUCGUUAACCUUGUGAGAAAACAAGGAUUCUAACUCGGAUGGAUCUAUUGGGCACAACACCCUACAGGAAAACAGAUGAGAGUACAAUUUUGACACCAAAGGCCUAUGCUUACUGUAUGAAGGUCAAAGCGAAGCUAUUGUUUAAUAGCUUGUGAUUAAGCUGUAUCAUUUUGGGACUGCCAAAAAGAAAGGGUAAGAAGAAAGAACAGUUUCCCUCAUUGUUAAUGGAGGCUGUCUAGGACGUCGAAUCUGAUAACAACAAUUGCAGCCAAGAGUCAUACAAGAAGAGCUGAUGUUAGGUGUUUUUUUUUUUUUUUUUUUUUUUUCACUUAUUUGAUUUUUUUUCCUCCUGAAUUGCAGGUAAGAUCAAUUGUAUCAGUAAUUUCACCCGAUGUCUCUUUUUAAGCUUAUGAACGUUUGUCACUUUUUUAAUUAUCUCUAUAUUGUUUGAUUUUUGUCUCUUUGCU